CGAACCAGUCCAGUCGGCUGGAGGGUAGCGCGCAAUCCGCAUGCCCCCCACUCUUGUUCCUUCAUAACCCCCAAGUCCAGUCGUCCUAUUAGUUCUAGUCGUCAUCGAAUUUUGACAUUCGGUGCGUGGUUUUUUGGUCUUUGUAGUCUGGAAAUCUCUCCUUUUUUUCUCAAAAUUACCGCCAAUGUCGCAUCAAACGGACGAAUAAAGUGGAAUCGGUCCGUCGCUGGAAUCGGGCGACGGCACAGUCCCGGCAGGCAGUCACCAAUGGAUUUACAUUUACAGCCUUUUAGGGCUGCUGUGAUGUGUGACAGUGAAUAAACACACAAUUAGCCGACGACGAUUGUCCAAGAAAAAAAUUCCCGGAAAAAAACAAAAAAGCCAAAAUAAUCAGAGGAAAUGGAGAAGAGGAUUUCGGGACUCGUUGGUUGCCUAGUGGCCGCCUUGGUCUUCGCCAACACGUGGCAAGGCGAUUUCGUCUACGACGACAGUCGAGCCAUCGUCAGCAAUGAGGAUCUUCGUCCGUCUUCGUCGUGGAUGGAUUUGUGGAGCCACGAUUUUUGGGGCACUCCGCUGGAUCACGCCGGAUCGCAUCAAUCGUGGCGACCUCUCUGCGUUCUCUCUUUUCGUCUAAACUACUUCUGGUCAGGAUUAAGCCCAAAGAGCUAUCAUUUAGUCAACAUUGUCCUGCACUCGCUGGUGACACUCUGCUUCACUUUGCUGGCGCGGCCACUCAUCCGCCGGGCGUGGAUCCGCUGGAUCGUCAGCCUGGCUUUCGCCGUCCACCCGAUCCACUGCGAAGCCGUGGCGUCGCUAGUCGGCAGGGCCGAACUAGGAGCGGCGCUCCACACUCUGGUGGCCCUGUUGGCCUAUCGAGCCCAUCUCAAAGCCAGAGGAAAACGACGACGACGAACUAAAGAAACGAAGACGACGACAAUAAUAAAAGAAGAUGACGACGAUGAUGAUGAAGAAGAAGAAGCAGAAGCAGAAGAAGAAGAGAGAAGAAUAGGAAAGAAAAGGAGAAGAUUCGAGUCUUUGAUGGAAUCGACGACUCGAGCGCACCGGAAUCCUUUCGAGAACCGACAAAGCCUACUGUCACUAUUCAUCCGGCGGGUCACCAUCUGUUGCUGUUGGUCGGAUCCCCUCAAGAAAAUCCAAUAUCGAGUCACGUCACUUACGUCGUUGUCGUCGUCGUCCACGUCCAAUAACGGUCAGAAACCCAACCGACAACAGGGCGGUCAUCAUCAUCAACAACUAGACGACGAGGACGGCGAUGAAUUCGAAAGAAAUCGAUGGCGCAACGACAAAAAGAAAAAGAAGAAGAAAAAGUUGGGCGACCUGCAGCCGCAGCCGCAGCAGCAGCAGCACAAUGGGCCAACAGAUGGAAGGAAAGGCUGUGCUGGCGCUUAUCUUUGGGCGUCGCUAACGGCCGCCGGAUCGGCUAUUUUGUGGAAAGAAACGGGAAUGGUGGCCAUCCCACUCUGCGCCGUCAUGGAGCUCAUCCAGCAAUUCCGAGUCGGUUAUCGUCCCGAGACACCUAGCAACCGUCAGCCGAGCGAUCGUAGCAACCGCCAUCAUGUUCAGGAAAACAAGAAAUCGAGCUGCUCCGCUUUCGGAAGCCUGGCCCUGCUGGGAGCCGUUUGGGCCUUCCAGAUAGGAGUCCGAAUGUACAUGCUGGGUGGCACGACGGCAUCACUUCCUUGGUUCGCGGCCGCCGACAAUCCCGUUUCGCGUGACGCCUCGCUACUGACCCGCACCUUAACCUUUCUCCACCUGCCGGCCUUCAAUUUCGGGUUGCUCCUCUGGCCGGCAUGGCUCAGCUUCGACUGGUCUAUGGAUGCUGUUCCGCCCAUCAGCCGACUGAGCGACCCCCGAAACCUGGCAACUUUCCUCUUUUACGCAGUACUGGCCGUCCUGGCGGGCAAAUGGCUGAAAACUAUCCAACAGCAAGGCGGUUGUCUGCACAAGAACCAACAGCUAACUGCAACAGCAUUGUCCUUGCUCGUCUUGCCGUUCCUUCCGGCCUCUAAUCUCUUCUUCUACGUCGGCUUCGUCGUGGCCGAACGAGUCCUGUACAUGCCUUCCAUUGGCUUCUGCCUACUCCUGGCAGCUGGCCUGGAAAAGAUGACUGACCUGUCGAAAAAACACACAACCGGCAAGCUCGUCCCAUUGGCCGUCAAAAUGUGUUGCGCUUCGACUUUGAUCCUCUGGUCGCUGCGGACAUUUCAGCGAAACGGCGACUGGUCCAACGAGGAACAGCUUUACCGUUCCGGCAUUCCCAUCAAUCCUGCCAAAGCUUACGGGAAUUUGGCGGCCAUUUUGGCACGGGAGCAUCGGCAAACAGAAGCGGAGCACGCCUACCGUCAGGCCUUGGCACACCGGCCAAACAUGGCAGAGACUCACUUCAAUUUGGCACUACUGCUGCAGAGCCAAGGGAGGCAUCAAGAGGCAUCGUCCAGCUACCUACAGUCCAUCCAUUAUCGACCCAAUCUAGCGGCGGCCUAUCUCAAUUUGGGAUUGUUGUUGAGCAAACAACAAGGACAAUACGAUCAGGCCGUUCACUGGUUGAGCGCUUGCUCCCAAUUGGACGGCUCGGGAGUUCGAGAUCCGCAAGCUCACCGGCACAGCCAGAUUCAAGCGCUCGUCAGUUGGGGUCAAUUGGAGCUGGCCAGAGGUCAUCCGGAAACAUCCAUUCAGCUCUACAAGCAAGCGCUACGUCGCUGGCCCACCAGCGUCCAGCAAUUCCAGUUGGUCUAUCACUCGCUGGCCGAAGCCUACCAAUCGACCGGCAAUUACCUGGAAAGUGAGAGAUGGUUCAGGACGGCCGUCGAUCAAGUUCAAGAAUCCAGACAACAGCAACACAAGAAACAUCACAAGAGAAUGGCGACAGUGUCCAGCAGAGUCCAGCAGCAGCAGCAGCAGCCGACCAGAUCCGAUCAAGUGGCAGCCCAUUUGACCUACGCCCGUUUCCUGGCCAAAAACGCCAGCCGUCACGACGAGGCAGAGCAAUUGUUUCGACAGGCACAGCUCAUGGCUCCUACCGAUCCGGCAGUCUACAUGUUCACUGGUCAAUUCCUAUUGGAAGCCUCACGACCGCGUGAAGCGGCCGAAUCAUUCGUCCGGGCGGCCCAUCUAGCGCCGGCCGACUUUGAGGCCGUCUUCAACGCAGCAACGACGCUAAGAGAAGUCAAAGAACUCGACAGGGCCGAAAUGUUUUACCGACAGGCCGUCCAGCUGAGACCACACGACGUGACCGUGUACCGCAACCUGGGUGCCCUGUUGCACAUCAAGGGCCAAUGGCGCGAGGCUGAAGACAAUUACCAAUUGGCCCUUCGUUUGGUGCCCGACGACCGCAUCACGCUGACCAACCUCAAUCGACUUCACCAGCUACUGGCCGGCAGAAACAAGAGUCAACAGUCCAGCAGUUCCAAUAUCAGCAACAAUUCCAGUCCGGCGUCGGCAUCGACACAAGGACCACCUACUACGACCGAAUCCUGAUGAUUUUAUCAACUCGACUAUUAACUAUUGCACGGCUAUUUAGGCGUCAAAGAAGAAAAAACAAAAACCCUAGUCCAACUGUUCCUUAAUGGGAAUGUUGAAAAACCUAAUCUGAAUGGUAGAGAUAAGGACAGUAAAAAAACAAAAAAACAUUCAACGUGAUUACCAGCAAACUAAUUAUGUAAGACCCUCUUCACUGUAAAGUGUGUGUGUGUAUGUAUCAUAUGUCUGAUCGAUUUCCCCUCCCCCUUUCUCCCCCCUAAAUCUCCGCUGCGUGCCUUUUCUUUUCGUUACCGGUAAAGUAGAAGUUCAUUUUUGGAAUCUGAUUGUGCAGACAAUGUGGUGGAGUACGCCACAUGAGUCACGAUUUAAAACGCACACAAACAACAGACCCCCUCCCUUCAAUUUCGAAAAAAAAAAUAAUUAAAUUUACAUUUCAAUUAUUUCCCACCAAAGAUAAACCAAUCGGUCCAAAUCCCUUCCUGGAAUGAAAUUUGGAAAAAUUGUACAACAUGAAUGCAAAUCAACUCUAGAAACUCCUCCCGCUCUUACCAGAACACCAAAACAAAAACAAAAAAAAUAAUUUUCUGUUUUGACUCAAAAUUUCAUGCGUGAUGAUGUGUUUUGAAAACUUUUAUUUUAUUUUUUGGGUUUCUGAUCGAGUGGGUGGGAAAAACUUCAAGGUGCGCAAGCGCGAUGUUGUUUUGGCAAACAUCAGCGUGAAUAUAUAGUCGCAAAAGAGACACGAUAAAGAAUCUUGCCCGAGAAACGUCAAGCCCAGCGUGAUGAACGCGGGGUAAAUGUAUAGACAUGAUUAUCAUUAUUGUAUAAAAACAAAUCAAGAGAGAAAGAAAAUGUCGAGAAAAGUUACGGAUAUUGGUUGUGUGUGUGUUUGUAUAACACUGUUGUGAAAAACCGAAUAGAAAACGGCUGUUGGACGGACAAUAUAUAUUGAUGACUGUA